CAYUGUACAGUAUGGUGUCGUACUUGGUACCUGGUAGUUGCAUACAUCGGUGCUGCUGAAUGAAGUCACCUCAAUAGUAAUCUCUGCAAACAAUCUAGUGGGCAGCAGAAAAUCAAAUGCCAUGUCAAUCAACGAUACUAUUGCGUCGGAAGCGCUUGCCGCGGCAGUGGGAGGUGCAAUCAGCUCGGGAGCAUUGUACCCAAUGGAAGUUCUAAAAACAAGAAUGCAAGCCGAGGGCGAUGGCAGUACUAACGACACAAAUAAUUCUCAUUGUGACUUGCCUCGAGAUGGUAAGAGUCACCAGAAAGAAGGCGGGGAGGACGUUGACAUCGGCGAUAACAAGCCCAAACCGGCGACUCACUCUCUGGACUAUGCACGGAAUAUUUAUAGUUCCGAAGGAAUUGGCGUCUUUUUCGAUGGCAUGGAGGUCUCUGCUCUUCAAUCGGCAAUCGAGAAAGCCCUGUAUUUCUUCGCAUACACCGCACUCAAACGAAGUUAUACACAUCUGACAGUGAGGAGAAGAACGAGACAAAAUGGCAGUCCAAAACAACAACAGCCUUCCGCAAUGGCAAGUGUGCUCUUGGGGUGUCUCGCCGAGUGGGUUCAUUUGCCCAUCACCCUUCCCAUCGAUGCCCUGACAACCGCCAUUCAGACUUCAGGUGGUUCUAACAAGCACGCGAUGCACAAAAGUGCARCCAGAGAUCGUCAGAAAUCGGAAACAGUCUUGGCCCUGUGGAUGACGCUCUGGAAGCAAAAAUCAUUUUACAAGGGCAUUCAAGCCUAUUGGAUUUUGUGUUUCAAACCUGCUCUUCAGUACACGAUAUUCGAACAAGUCAAAGCCUGGAUAUGUAAGCUGCGAAGCAUUCCGAGAGGAGGGACACCACCGCAACAUUUCGUCGCAGGCCAAGAACCGACAAAGCUCUCGGCSUCGGAGGCCUUCCUUUUGGGCAUGUUUUCUCGCACAGUAGCAACGCUGGUCGUCUUUCCAUUUGUCCGGGCCAAGGUUCGGAUGCAGAGCCUGGCCAAGAGAGAAUCUCUUCGCUCCGAGGGCUGCAGUUCGCUGGGGAGCAGCAGCACCGAAAAACCCUCGCCGGUCGUGGCUGCUCCCCCCCAAACCAUUUGGCAAUUGCUGGCGGAGACCCUUAGACAGGGGGGAUGGAAGGCCUUGUACCAGGGUCUGGGGCCGGAGCUGACACGUGGUAUUUUGAGCGCGGCUCUGAUGAUGAUGGUGAAGGAACGUAUAAGCGGAGGUGUUAAGAAAAUUCUAUAUGGUGGUGUUUCACGGUCCUCCUCCGCCUAGUUCAUUCUAGCUUUGAAGACAGAAGAAGAUGCAGAAGAAUCGUAGAAAAAGAAAGGACUUGAGCAAGGGUACACAUAUCGUAGGCCGCAUGCAGAAAYAAAUCAUAUAUCACAUGGUUGCAUCUUGUCAAGGGACUACCAAAUAAUUUCGUAUCUCAGACAKGCACCCAAACAAUUUCACCAACACAGAACGUGGCUGUCGUCAUUGCUUGCUUAGAAGAGUUGCAUCUGGCUUUCUAUGCUAAAACGUAAACAAACAAUCGUUCGAUAUGUGAGAUGCAGUUGAGGUGUGCCGUUUGAACUAGAAGCCCAACUUUGUUAUCGGCGACACACAUGACUAUUCUCUUCGAAGUAUAAAAUAGGGGAGAGUGGACCCAAUCAAGUAAGAAGCAACAGUAACGAUGAAACGCUACUAAUCGUUUCUAGCACGAGAACCAAUAUAUGAAAACAUGCUCU